AUGGACUGGCGACCCCUCCGGAUCUGCGCGAAUGCCAGCGCGGAACUGCCGGCGUUCCUUAUCUCGACGUCCUUCACCCCCUCCUCAUUCGCCGUCCAUCUGACCGACCUCACGUAUAUCUGGACCGAAGCCCUCGACCGGUCAGCGAUUUCUCGACGCAGUAAGGAGGAGGACACAAGCAUCGUGCUUGGGGACGAUGGCCAAUUCAAGAUUUUGCUCGAGAAGAUAAAGCUUGGGCUGGAAGGGGGAGAAGGCACAGCAUUAGCUCUGACGGUCAAUGCCGAUGCGGACCGACCCUCGUUGAUCCUGAACGUCUCGGUAGAUCUCCCGGGUGACAUCGCGCCGUUAGAGUGGCCCAUGCGACUGUCUGCAGCGCCGCAGUCCUCAAUGACCAGUCUGUUUACAAUCCCAUCAUUACAGACACGUCAUGCGAAUAUGCAGCAGGUUGCGAGUCUGACACAGGAGCUGAAAGACAAGGACCAUAUCAUCUUGAAGCUGCUAGAUAAGCUGGAGGAGCAGCAUACCGAACUUGGUCAGAUAUGGCCCCAGGCUGCAGGCGGAGUAGGCCGGAAGGUUUCACGCCAGAAGGCGGAAGAGAAGGUCAAGGCGUUGGCUCCUUUUGACGUGGAAUCUUGGCGGCGAGAGCUGAAUCAUGAGCCUCUGGAAGAUGCAGCCCAAUUGAUAAGCGAGGUCUUCAAGGAGCGAAUGGACGUUGCCCCCAUUGGAAACAGCACCACUCAGGAGGAAGACGAUGAAUGGUGGGAAGGCAUCAAGGGGAUGACCGUCAAUCUGAAUACAGGAAGAUGCACGACCAAUGGAGCCAAAUCCAAGAAACGCAUAGCCAAGCCAACUCUGCCUCCAAAAAUAGCCGAAGAUGAGAACAAAGAUGAUGCCAUCCAGGUCCAGUCAACAGCCCCAGGCCUCGCUUUGGCAUCAAUGCCAACUUCUUCGAGUAUACGCGAAUCAACCGAAGAAGAUGAAGCCACGGAAUCAGAGGACGACGGCCUAGUUACCUCAUCCCAGCGCUCCAAGAUUCCAGAUAGCUUCCCUCGCUCUCAACCACUUCUCUCUCCUAACCCUACAAAGGGAAAACUCGGCAUGGUAGGCAAAAAGAAGGCAGAUCUCCCGCCCUCUCCAUCCCCACCAGCAAAUGGCGAAGAUGAAACAACAGCCGACGAGUCCUCCCCUCCCAGGGAGAAACAAAAAACCGCUUCCCCAUCUCCAUCUCCCGCUCCAGCCCCCGAAGCUGUGCCUCACCGCGCCAAAAAGGUGCCCCUCGGUAGAAUAGGCGCCAGGAAAGCAGCCGCGUCCCCUCCCCCUAAGCCAUCCCCCGAACCAGAACCGGAAUCCUCAGCCGACACCCUCCCCCAUGACCAUGACCACAGCACCACCACCCCACCACCAGCUCCCCCCUCCUCCGAACCGAAACCCAAGAGAGGAAAACUAGGCCAGAUAGGCCGCAACAGGAAAGCCGCUUCGCCAUCCCCAGAGCCACCGGCUGAAGCCAGUGCUGCUGCGACGCCGAAGAAGCGCAAACUGGGCACUAUUGGUGCUGGGCGUAGGCGGGCCGACAAGAGCCCCGAGGCGAAGCUGGAGGUCGACAGUCAGGAGGAGAGCGGGAGGAGGGUGCUGCUGAAGGACUUGAAGGACGUGAGGACGAAGACGCCGACGCCGGAGCCCGUGGUGCGGGAGACGAGUACCGAGAGGGCGGAUCGGAGGAGGGAGGAGCUGAAGAAGGAGUUGGAGGCGAAGGCGAAGGCGCCGGUGAAAAAGAAGCGGAAAUUCUGA